CGGCUAACACAUUUGCGAAGUUUUAUCAACAUGUGUAAUAUACCAAAAUUGUAAGAAAUUAAAAAAUACACAACAAUUUUCUUAUACUUUAUUUUUCACGUAGGAUGAAUAUUUCUAAGUUAUAAUGAGUUAUUGGAAACAUUUUGACGUCAAUGUGAAUGAGUUAAAAGAUUAUUUCAAAACUCACAAGUCCGUCAAAGAAUUUCAAGCGCACACGUCGAAAGUACAUUCAGUUGGUUGGAGUUGUGAUGGCAAACGUUUAGCGUCGUGUUCAUUUGAUAAAUCUGUGGCUACAUUCACAUUGGAUAAAGACCGUCUGAACAAGGAAUACACAUAUAAAGGACACAGUGGUAGUGUGGAUCAAUUAUGUUGGCAUAAGUCUAAUCCAGAUUUAUUAAGCACAGCUAGUGGUGACAAAACAGUCAAAGUAUGGGAUGUAAGACACCAGAAAUGUUCCAAUACCAUUUUAACUAAAGGAGAGAAUAUUAAUAUCACAUGGUCUCCUGACGGACAUACAAUUGCUGUUGGAAAUAAAGAAGACUUGAUAACUUUCAUUGAUAUUCGCACCCUUAAACCGAUUAGUGAACAACAAUUCAAUUUUGAAGUGAACGAAAUGUCAUGGAACAAUGAAAAUGAUUUGUUUUUCUUGACAAAUGGCCUAGGAUGUGUUUAUGUAUUAAGCUUCCCAGACUUGGUUCAGCGGCAUGUAGUUAAAGCUCAUCCGGGUACAUGUAUUUGUAUAGAAUUUGCACCAAGUGGCUAUUAUUUUGCUGUAGGCUCGGCAGAUGCUUCUGUGUCUUUAUGGGAUCUUGAGAAUUUGGCUUGUGUACAGACUUACACCAGAUUGGAUUGGCCAGUUCGAGCUUUAAGUUUUUCGUAUGAUGGUAAAAUGUUGGCAUCAGGUAGUGAAGAUUUGUAUGUGGACAUUGCAGAUGUUACAACAGGAGAAAAAAUUACUGAUAUACCAAUUGAAGCAGCAACAUUCACUGUGGCAUGGCAUCCAAAACAGUAUUUAUUAGCAUUUGCAUGUGACGAUAAAGAACAAUUUGAUAGGAAAAGAGAUACAGGAAACCUUAAAGUAUUUGGUUUUAAUUCCGAAUAAUCUAUUGAAACAAUAGAAAUUUAAAAUGUAUUUGUAAGUAUAACACCAAUAGAAGAAUACAAUUUGAAAAUAUAUAACCUAUAUAUUUUCACAUAAAAUAAGAAUCAUUCAAACAUCCUAAAAUUAUAUUCUGUUCUAUAAAAU